GGACAAUUCUCUAUCCUGACUGCCGUUGCCUCUCUGGUUUCUAUUCUCACCUUUGACCAGGACGAGUGGAAAUAGGCUAUAGAGACACAAUGCUCCACCUGGUGGUACUGGUGGCCCUAGCGGCCUCACCGGUCAGAACUUCGGGGAAGAAACCCAGGCCAGUCGUUCGACGUGUUCGGUGACGGAGGCAGCUAUUACUUGGCGUUUCGGGGAACGGCCGGAGUCGGAAGGUCUGUCUACGACGCUUACGUGAAGGACGAUGCCAUCAACUACGAGCCAUGCUGUAAACAGGUGAACGGUUCUUUGCCUUGCAGUGCUCACUACCGAAACAACGCCAUCUUGGAUGACUGGCAGUUCAUUGAGGAGGUGGUAUUGGCUGUGUAUGAGCGUGGUGUCAUCAAACAGGCCUUGACCUUUGACGCCGCCGGCACAGACUACCUGUCCUGGUUCAGUCCUGGAAAUCUCAAGGGCGCUGGAAAGUGGGAGGAUCUGAAGGAAAAAACCACCAACUUCUUCUCCAUUGCUGGGGAUGCGGGCUUGAAACGCCGCUUCUACAUUAACCAAAUAUACUUGGGCUGUCUGGCUGAUAUUGGUUGGUUCAUGGCCAUGGAUAACCCUCUGCCCCCAUGUCAGUAUGAAAAGCAUUCGUCUUACCCACAGUUCUUAUACAGCAGUGGCACCGGACGUAUGACAUGGUCUUCCAGCGGGGAACUCGCUCAAGCUGACGUCAUGGCUGUGUUUGUCAAGUUUUAUAAAGGCUGCUCUGCUUAGUUUAAGACAGGCCCAGCUAAAGUUUCCAA